AUGAAUCUUCCUAUCGAUAUGACAACGAUGAGCACUCAAGAUCGUCUCGAGAAGAUGUCUCAAAUUCCGAAAAUUGAAGAGUUGCUCGAAGACGAGGAUGAUGAACAAAAACCGAGUGCAGAGAACAAAAUGAAGUUUAACAUCAAUGAGUUGUUAGAUGAAGAUCGAAAAUUAAACAAACAAAGCUCUCCAUCAGCAUCAUCUGAAGACAGUGUGAGUGAUGAACAGACUCAAUUCAACCUGAAUUUUGACCCCAAAAUGAUUCCAAUGGCUUUUCUUCAACUCCAACAACAGUUCAUGAAUAUUGGAAACGCACAAAAUCAGAUGAUGGCCAACAUGUUUCCCUUCAUGAACAUGCAAGCGACCGCCGCGCAGAUGAUGCAAUUCAAAAACUUCCCGAACGGAGACAUGAAUGGUCAAUCAGACAAUGGGGAGGAGAAGGAUGAAAAGUUGGAGGGACAGAAUGGAGAGACACGGGAUUCCACUGGAGGCAGCCCAUUGGAGUCAGAUGCAGAGGAUGAUGAUGACACGGGCCGUGGAAGUGACGAUGAGGCAAACUCUAGUGAUCCGAAUCAUGCGAGAAAAAAGAAAACCAGAACAGUCUUUAGCAGAAGCCAGGUGUCUCAGUUGGAGAUGAUGUUCGAUGUGAAACGAUAUUUGAGCAGCCAGGAACGGUCGAGUUUGGCACAAAAGUUGCAUUUGUCAGAGACCCAAGUCAAAAUUUGGUUCCAAAAUAGAAGAAACAAGUUUAAGAGACAAGCUCAGACAGACGACCCGGCCACUUGUCUCCAGAUGCAUCGAGCUAACGUUUUCUCGCUUCCUACUACUCACGGGAUUCCAUCACCAGUUCUUAACAUUCCUACUACAACUGCUGGAGUCGAUAUGCGAAACUUGGUGUCUUCGCCAAUGGAUGUCUCCGCUGCUGCCCGUUUUCUGUUCACAUUUGGCACCGUACAAGCACAUAAGAAUAUGAUGGCAGCUCCAGCCCAGAAUAUGUGA